AGCUUGACGGACAGCAGCUCGGAGGUGUCGGACUGCAGCGCCUCGGAGGAGGCCAAGCUGCUCUCGCUGCUGGAGCUGGGCGGGCUGAGCGGAGGCGGCAGCGACUCGGAGUCCCCGGCCAGCAGCAGCGCCCCUGCCCAGCCCGCCAGCGCCUCCGCGGACGGCGUGUCCCCGCUGCCGGAGGACCCGUCGACGGCCGCCUCGCUGGCCAGCAGCCGCCUGCCGCUCAGCACCUCUCUGGCCUUCUCCGACCUCACCGAGGAGCUGCUGGACGCCGGCGUCGCCAGGGAGCUGGAGGAGCUGCGCUCCGAGAACGACUAUCUCAAGGAUGAGAUUGAGGAACUACGUGCUGAAAUGCUAGAGAUGAGAGAUGUCUAUAUGGAAGAAGAUGUCUACCAGCUACAGGAGCUCCGACAGCAACUGGACCAAGCUAGUAAAACCUGCCGUAUCUUACAGUAUCGUUUGCGUAAGGCAGAACGGCGCAGCCUUCGUGUUGCACAGACUGGCCAGGUAGACGGAGAACUCAUUCACAGCCUUGAACAAGAUGUCAAGGUUGCCAAAGAUAUCUCUGUGCGGCUCCAUAAUGAACUUGAAGCUGUGGAGAAAAAACGCAUUAAACUGGAAGAAGAGAAUGAGGACUUACGCCAGCGGCUCAUCGAGAGCGAAUUGGCUAAGCAGGUACUGCAGAACGAGAUGGACAAACUGAGAGAGAAUUCUUUGAAGAAAAGAUCAUCACGUUCUCUUGGGAAGACAGACAAGAAGUCAUCUGCCCAGGAGGACAAUGCAGAUCUCAAGUGUCAAUUGCAUUUUGCCAAGGAGGAGUCUGCUCUCAUGUGCAAAAAACUGACAAAAUUAGCUAAAGAGAAUGACAGUAUGAAGGAGGAACUAACAAAAUAUCGGUCUUUGUAUGGGGACCUGGAAAGCUCUCUUUCUAUUGAGGAACUGGCUGACUCCCCUCAUUCCAGAGAGGCAGAGCUGAAGGUCCACCUGAAGCUUGUUGAAGAAGAAGCCAACAUCCUGAGCAGAAGGAUAGUAGAACUUGAAGUUGAGAACCGAGGACUGAGGGCAGAGAUGGAUGACAUGAAGGGGCAAGGUGACAAAGAACUCUUGGGGACAGACAUCCAGUUUGCCUUUUCCAUGACCAAUUGUGGGGACUCUGGAGAGAGUGUAAUAGAGCUCCGGCGACACUUGCAGUUUGUAGAGGAGGAGGCAGAGCUGCUGCGGCGCUCCCUGAUGGAGCUAGAGGAGCAGAACAAGCUCCUCAUGAAUGAGCUCAACAAGUACAAGUCAGAUCAUGACCUGGACAUCACUCUGUCUGAAGACAGCUGUUCUGUGAUCAGUGAGACCUCCCAAGAAGAGCUGGCCACUGCCAAGGUCCAAAUCAGUGAACUCAGUGGCAAGGUCAAGAAGCUGCAGUAUGAGAACCGUGUGCUGCUCUCCAACUUGCAGCGCUGUGACCUUGCCUCUUGCCAGAGUAACCGACCCAUGCUGGAGACAGAUGCUGAGGCAGGUGACUCUGCUCAGUGUGUUCCAACAUCGCUUUGGAGAGAGGUGCCUGUUGGGGGAGAGAAUGAUACCAAGGAAAGAGCACUUGGCAAUGGUUUUAGCAAGUCUCAUGAAAGCAGCAGCCCUAACAGGUUUCUCACGUCCAAGGACUUUGAGAUCCUUCUUGACAUCAGGGACCAGGCAGCACUGGUCAGCAAAGCCAUCGAUGUUCUGAUCUCUGAUGCCAAUGGCUUUACCUCCAGCCUCAAACUCUUCAUGGACAACGAUUGUGCAGAACUGGUGCUGAGUGAGGCCAUGGAUAAUGAGAGCACAACUGACUCUAAGCUAAUCAAUGCCAUUUUGAUGCGACUCGGUGUCCUCCAGCAGGAACUGAACACCUUCAUGAGGAAGGUGGACUAUAUUGGAGGCAGCUUGAAAGACCAGAAGGACUCCUUGCCAAGCUCCAGCUCUCAGGAUUCCACAAAAGAAGCUCUGAGAAAAGGGCAUAACACUGAAAUCCAGCAGUCUGACUUUAGGGAGGCCCCAGACUGGGACAUCGGAGAGAGCAGGACCUCUGAUCUGUACCACAGCAGCAGCAACACCACUGCCAUCGAUGUGGAUCCAAACAUGGAACUGGAUCAGAGCUACAAGUCAUAUCAGCCAGAGGAAAAGGACUCUUAUGUGUCUGAGGUAUGCACCCAUAUUCCUAGAAGGAGAAAGGUAGACAGGCAGGCUAGGGGACACUGGGACAGUAAUGGAGCUGAAGAAAUACCAGUUCAGUGCAUUUCAAAGGUUGAAAAGAAUUAUGUGGCCAUUGUUCAUAACAUGGUUCACUCCCUGCAAUUCAUUUGGUCUUUGUCACUUCCCAUCCUUCCUCAGCUAAAGGAGGAUCACCAGAAGGCCCUCCUAAGGCGAGAAUUUGAGCUGCAGAGUUUGAAUCUUCAGAGAAGGCUGGAGCAGAAGUUCUGGAGCCAGGAGAAGAACCUUUUGGUGCAGGAAUCCCAACAAUUCAAGCAGAACUUCUUGCUCCUUUUCAUGAAGCUCAAGUGGUUUCUGAAGCACUGGAGGCAGGGGAAAUUCCUACAGAAUGAAAGCAAUGAUUUCUUGGAGGUGAACAGCAUGAAAGAACUGUACCUGCUGAUUGAAGAGGAGGAGCUGAAUCCCCAGCAGCAAGCUGAUAACAAGUCAUGUGCCAGAGAUGCCUGGUCUCAGAACACGCCCAAUGAGUAUGUCAAGACCCUAUCAGACAUGAAGGUGAUCUUGAAGGAGCUGUGCACAGAGCUCCGUGAAGAGAGGAGAGGCAUGAAUGAGCUGCAGCAACAGUUUGCCAAGGCCAAGGCUACAUGGGAGGUGGAGAGGACUGAGCUCAAGUGUCUCAUUGCUCAGCUGGAAUCUAAGGCUGGGAAAGGUCUGUCAGAGCGCGCUCUCUCUGACUGGAAAAUGGCUCUAAAGAGAGAGCGGGAAGAGCACCAGCACCUCCUGGCUGAGUCAUACAGUGCUGUCAUGGACCUCACCAAGCAAUUGCAGAUCAGCGAAAAAAACUGGGACCAGGAAAAGCUGGAGCUCCUGGACCAUUUCAAGGAUGAGCAGCAGCAGGCAGAGCAACAAGUGAGGGAGCUGCAAAACAAAAUUAACCAGCUGCAGAAGGGAGCUGACCGAUGGGCUCUAAAGAACUCAGAAAUGGAGAAGCAUGGCAGUAGCUGGAAAGAGACUCUUAAUGAGAAAAUCACUGACAAAGAAACUGUUUCUGAAAUGGACAUCAAAGGAAGUAAUUUGAAAAGGACAAAAUCAGUCUCCUCAAUGUCUGAAUUUGAAAGCUUACUUGAGUGUUCUCCUUACCUUCCUGGGAAAACCAGCCCUGUGAUCAUAGACAAUGCCCGCAGCCAAAAGGGGUCUUCAACUACACAGGUGUUGCCAGACACUUUAAAGGACUCCGUAGGCCUCUCCCCCAAGAACUGUGCCUAUGCGAAUAGUGAGCAACCUACACCUGACUGCUUGACCCCCAGAAAGCUGGAUGUCCCCGCAUGUGAUUGCAGCCAGACUAAUACACUCUCUGUGCAGGAUCAGACUCACAAACAUAUGCAGAGGAGCUACACAGCCCCAGACAAGACUGGGAUCCGGAUAUAUUACAGUCCACCAGUGGUACGCAGGUUGGAGCCACCUCUAGUGCACAAUAGAGAGGGGAAGAUCAUGGUUGAACCUGGUUUUCUGUUCACAAUGGCCAAGCCCAAGGAAGAAUCAAACAACUCAGAAAGCAUGUACAGCCGGUGGCUGUGCAACUUCUCCAAGCAGCACCGAGAGCUGCUUGAUGGUGCUACAGUUACUGAGAAAGUGGUGGCCCCUGUCCCCAGAUUUCCGCCUUCCCUGCAUGACCUUGAAAUCUCUGGCAACAUGAGUGAUGACAUGAAGGAGAUCACCAACUGUGUCCGGCAAGCUAUUCGCUCUAGCUCCCUGGAGCGAAAAAUUAAGAGCACUUCUAGCCAGACAGUGGGGUUGGUCAAUGUUGGUACCCAGACGAUCCAGACUGUCAGCAUUGGUUUGCAGACAGACAUGCCCAGGGGUAGCUUCCACAGCAGCAAGAGCUGGUCCCCACGAAGCUCCUCCCUGAUGUCUGUGCGCAGCAAGCAAAUCUCAACAUCUCUGGACAAGGUCCACUCCAGGAUUGAACGGCCUUGUUGUUCCCCCAAGUACGGCUCUCCCAAACUCCAAAGAAGGUCAUCUUCUAAGUUGGACAACUCCAAGGACCGAAGCCUGUGGAACCUCCAUCAGAGUAAGCAAAAUGGGUCGGCCUGGGCUCGUUCUACCACAACCAGAGACAGUCCUGUUCUCAGCAACAUUAAUGAUGGCUUGUCCAGCUUGUUCAACGUUGUGGAGCACUCUGGGAGCACAGAGUCUAUCUGGAAGCCAGGGUGUCCAGAAAGCAAAUGCAAACCAGAAGCACCCAAGUAUGGGAUAGUGCAAGAGUUUUUCCGGAAUGUGUGUGGCAGAACUCAGAGCCCCACUUCAGCACCUGAGAAGAAAGACCCUGUAGGGGGAGACAACACUAGCAAGAAGCCAGAGAAUUCCUCCUCACUUGUGCUUCAGCAGUCUGAAAAUGCCCCCAAGAUCCUUGACAAAAAACCCUUGAAACCCAGCUGCAGUGAGGAACCAAAGUUGCCCAUCCCAAGCCAAAGUGGCAAGGCUCUGGCAUUAAAGGAGUUGGACACCAUCUCUGCUGCUGUUGCCAAUGAGGAUGUUGCCUGUGACUGCAGCUCCCAAUCAUUGACCUCCUGCUUUGCUCGGCCAUCGCGCUCAGCUAUCCGUCACUCCCCUUCCAAGUGCAAGUUGCAUCCCUCUGAAGGCAGCCGUGUGGAAGAGAAAGCAGGGCCCCUGAGUGAGUGAGAGGGCUGCUCUUGCUAGUCUGAUGAUGGAAGAGCGACUUCGCCUUGGAACUGCCAGUCCCUUUGGCACCUUCUGGACUGGCUACCUCUGAGCAAACCGCAUCCAAGGGGCUCUGCUCUUAGAUUCUCAGAGCAGUACCCUACAGCAUUGCCUUUCUUGUCUUAGCUCAGCAAGGAUACCUGCAACUCAGAAGCUGUGCUCUACAGCCAGAAGAUAGAGUGGGAGUCUUGCUAGGGUAUGGUUUCUUGUCACUGGAAGCCUUUCUGUCCCUUCCCUAUUUCUCUCAGUAGGAACAGGAUCUACAGGAGCUGGACACUGCCAGAGUCUAGUGGAGCAGUUGGUGCUGUUUCAUGGCAACGUGUGUGUGCGCAUGCAUGUGUGUGUGUGUAUUUGCCAGUUUAGGGAGAUGUAUCUCUCUCCUUUGUAAACGACACAUCACAGUAAGAGGCAUCGGGAUGCUGUGAUGUUUCAGUGAAGCUCCUUGGCCAGGAGGGAAAGGGAUCACCAGAGGGUUGGCUGCAAAGCCUUAAGGAACUGAGGAACACUGUGUUAAAGGGUUUUCCUGGACUGAGGCACUUGCUGAGGUGCACAGGAAGGGAGGAUUGGGGGUUGAGGGAAAGUGUUAUCAAAUAAUUGCUAAGGAAAUGCUAGUGUAACAUCAGGACUCUGGAAGUAGGCUCUGUCAUGUGGAAAUAGGCUGGUUUUGCUCUUUGGCCAUGUUUCACUGGGCACUUCUUUGCAGGAUCACUACUGAGCCACCUAUCCAGCCUGUACUGGCUUUGGUACUGGCUUGCAAUAUGUCCUGUAGAGACAAUGCUGUUGGUGAGCCAGCUGUAGAUUAAACAAGGACCCUAAAUAGAGCUACCACUAUGGCAGGUUGGUCUGUGUUGUCUCCCUGUCUUCAGGAGGUUGCUACCAUGGUUGCUAAGAUGAAGAAUAAGUUUGGCCACUUAUGUCAUCUUCAUGGCUCUGAACAAAGCUUGCUUUGUUGUAUUAGUCUCUGCUUCUGCGCUCAAUUGGCCAGGGUGUAGUUCAGCCCAAGAAGUUCAGAGAAAGGGAAAGCUACUCAUCCAUGUUUCCAGACCCAGCCUCAUUCCCACUUCUCCCUGCCCCACACAAUGGGUAGCUGCAGCUAUUUCUAAGGCUUCUGUUUUGUUUUACUGGAAAUCUCAGAACUUCUGUAACCAACAGGUUUCUUUAAGAAUGGAGCACAGAAACAGAGGGAGUCAGAAGGGCCAUCUAGUCCCACUCCUGGCUCCAGCUGGCUCCGCUUAUGUGUAUGUCCAAAUGACUGAAGAAAGAAAGGCUUGGUGCAGAGGCUAAGAAACACAGAAGAGAUAGCACCUUUCCAGUGGUGAACAGAGUGCAAGAUAUUGAGAGGUGUGUGUGGCAGCUCCGCAUCAAGGACAGGGCUCCUCCUGGGUCAUGCUUCCAUGCGCUGCAGCCAGCGCUCCACUUACUCAGCAAUGUGUGAUGCUUGGCAGUUCCUGUGAGUUGAUGCACUCCUAGGGCAAAUGUGUCUCUUGGGUUGGUGACCCUUUGGCUUUCCAUGUGUGUCUGGCAAAAUCUGCUUGGGUGGAUAACUUUCAGAGCCCCUACAGAGGAUUCCACUAUGCAUUAACAAUUCCUCCUUGCUUUGCUGAAGGAGUGAAAAGGAAGGGGUAUUUUUGUGGUCCCCUGUAUCUGUAGUACAUUGAUAAUGCGGCUCCUCCUAAGUCACUCUCCUUCAGGGCUGUGAUCUGAAUGAGUAGGACACAGCAGUUAGGGCAACCUGAAGUCACCUCCAGGCUUCAAUGAUGUAUACCAUAACCAUCAUUUUGUAAAGCACCUGAGAAUGCAGCUUGGAGAUCAGAAGUUUCUCCAUGUAAAAAGGGAAAAUUAACUCAAAACUGUCUGUGUACAGUAAACUUGCUUAUCAGGCAGAAAAUUUGGUCAGAACACUCUUCCUACCAUUUCACGUGAGAGUGUGUUCAGAUGCUGCAUGGCCCCACCAUUACUCUGAAGCAGGAUAGUCUCUGAGAAAGGUUGUACCACCUAAUUUAUAUAGAAGUGUGCAUCAGUCCUCUGAGAGGAUCAGGGAGGAAUGUUCCUGUGCAGAGGUGCAAGAGAAUUGAAAGUUCAGAUGGUAUUGCUACGAUAAAACAACCAAUCAUUAUCAGAGUCUGCAGAGAAGAUUAAAAUUGUCCUAGUUUCCUCCAUACAGGUCAGGGAGACUUUGGACAUUUCAGAAUUCAGCUUCUCAGAUGAAUUGCUGCAAACAAGAAUUUUCUUUGAAUAUCCAUCCCCUUCUAGAACCUGUGUGAAUUCUGGCCGUUUUUAAUACACUGCUGAAUUUAUAUUCUGCAGUUUAUAAUUUUAAUUUGUAUUUCUGAUUAAUCUGAGAUACAUGUUUGCCCUUUGUGUGUAUCAUUCAGGAGUUCCCAGUUCAAUUAAUUAUUUAAAUCAUUGUAGCAAUAUAAAUAUCUGUGACAUUCUGUUAUCUAAAAUAAGAAUAUGCAAAUAUGCAAACUAUUGUUUACUUAUUUUGAAGACCUUGUGUCAUAUCUAUAAUUGAAGAAAGACCAUAGAAUGAAAAAACAGCAUAAAUUCUCCAGUGAACUAGCUGAAUUUGGCAGUGUAUAAAUUUUACUAAAUAUAUGCGCUUAUCUUGCCUACCUCUAAUCAUAGAGAGGGACAAAGAAGAAUUAAUAGUAGACCUUUCCCUGGCAUUUGGGGAUUCUGCUCAGUGCAUCUUCUGCCUCCUCAGAUUUCACCAGACUUGCCACCCAAUAGCCUACACAUUUUCAAUGUGCUGCCCACACAUAUGACUCUCUUAAGGCCCAGCAACUGAUUACAACAUUUCAUUUAUUAGUCAAAUUUGCAUCAUUUUAUUUCAUAACAUCAGUCAUGUCUCUCUGAACUUUGAACAUUCUUUCAGCUCUAGCACAAUAUUAAAAGCAAACCAAACCACUGAGAAUUAAAUAGUAGUGUCAAGAAGUGCCUGCCUCAUUGUCUGCCCCAGAGUGUGCUCUCCAAGGAGCAGUCAUCAUUAGAGCUGGAAAAAAGAGAUCUGAUUGCUGCAUCCUUGUCUUCUCCCACUUGCCAACUAUGCUUGAACUCAACCUUUGAAGGCUACUUAAGGCAAACACAAAUGUAACUAGACCAAUCUGCCUUAGUGCUUCCCUUGAAUUUUCUUCAGUGAUCAGGUCUGUCAUUUCUUUACAAAGCAUUACCUGAAAAAGACCAAGAAGCCAUUUAUGUGUGUGGAGAUUGAGGGAGGAAUGAUACCUCUUGAACCCCAUGAGAAAUGUCCAGCUGUGCUCUAUGGCUUAUUGUUCUUUGGUUGAGUGACAGGCACUUGUUUCUGUUGCAUUCUCCAUUGUUCUGGCAUGCAUGCUUGUUAUGUUCCUACUUGUAAUCAAAGAACCAUGUUGCCAUUUGUAAUAGGGGAGAUGCUUCAGGAAGAAUUGCAUUCUUGUUCUAUGUGUGGAAAUAAAUCUAGUUGAAUUCACUAGUGUUUACUUCCAAACAUAGGAUUGCAGCUGAAGGGAGAUGGAAAAGAUAUGGGGGGAAAGGACAGGUGCAUGCCCCAUAGUAUUUCUAUUGGACUUUAAUUAUAAACAAGAGAAGCAAAACAAACCUUGGUUGGAAGAUGCCUUCACCUCUGCCUACUGCACUUAAUUUUGGAAUGAGAUUAUAGGAGCCUUUGUAUGGUUUUUGUCACUUUUACAGAAUAGGAUAGUCCCUUCAGCUGCCUCCAGUCCUGCUCUUGUGUAUCUUUAAAAACUAUUGGUCUGGUGAUCACUGAAUGAAAACAUCCCUCUUGUUCUCCUCUGAAGCAGUAGCAGACUAUGUUGAGGACACGGUGGGGGAACCAGUGUAUCUUUAGGUCCCUGAUCUCCUUUCAAAGGAGCUUCUUUAAAUACUGACAUUUUCUAAAUUUGGGGGUAGGGAGGCUGGUGAACCACUUGCAAGAUUAGCCAAGAUAAAAAAGGCUAUUGGAUUAUGGGGAUUGUAGCUCCAAGCAGCCAGUGCUGUCCUUGUAUGACAGUCUGUGGAUAUGCUUGCUUCGUUGAACAUGAACAUUUCUUGGGGGAAGCAGUCCCUUAAUAUGGAAAUGAUACAGAAGGCUGGAGGGACUGCAAAACUUUGGGAAGCGACACUGCCAGAUGCCUUCCAGUGUCUCCAAGUAAAAAUCAGCAUCACUUGUUCUGGUUGAAGAUGGUAGCCUAGAUGAAUAUAUGUGAGAUAAUGGAGAGACAGUUGCUCUGCCUAGACAGAGGGAAGGGAAGAAGGACCAGCAUCCCCUUGCCAGAUUGCUUCAAGAGCCAGCACCUGUGUUACUUCACUACAUUACUUGCAGGAGCACAUGUGCCUUCUGCACAUUGCAGGCCAGCACAUUCAAAGUGACAUAAGAACUGACUCUUUGCCAGAGCUAAAUGUCAGAACCAGAAUAAUGUACAGCUAAUAAGCAACAAUGUGCUAAAUACACGAGGAAUAGAGUCAGGCAGGAGCUGCAGUGAGCACAUUACAACCCCAUGCCUUAGGUAGUGUGGGGCUUAAAAUACUGGGAUUCAGCAUUCAAGACUGUGUGCUCACAAAAGAGUUUAGCACAGCCUCUUUAGCGUUAAUCCCAGUGAACUGCUCCAUCCUGUUUCCAGGUUGAGCUGUUCCCUUUCGACAGGCUAACAAGAUUCAUGCAAAUAUCACACCUGUGGCCUUCUUCUCAGCAUAUACCCAACAGUAUGAGUGAUUCUGUUACCACCAAUGAGGCAUCACCAAUGAGGCAUUGUUGCCACCAAGCGCCUUACCAUGUCAGGGAAAUGGAGAUACUGUCUGCUGAGCACAUGCUGUCUUCUUCCUCCUACAAAAUUGGGUAGAGCCUGUUCUUAUCUGAAGGACAGAAAACAAAGCAGACACUGGCAGCUGACCAGCUUGGGGCUGGAUAGCUUUUCUGGAGCAGCCCCUUUCUAUUCUUUGCAUGAGUUUGCAAAAAGUGGGUGGUCAGGGAGGGUUCAAAAUGCUUGCUAACUCCUGAUGUAAAGACUUCCUUAGGGGAUGGUUUUUAGCAUUUUCAUUGGGAUUUUUUUAAAGAUUCUUCUACUUUGGGGGUUGCGGGUUGUUGUUGUUUUUUCAUUUUUACAAAUGCCUUUUAAUUAUUUGUAUAUUCUUAAAAGUUUGUCUUACCUGUAAAUAACUGUGUUGGCUAUUUCUGAAUAUGAAUCAGUGGGACUUGGGACUUUUUGUCAUUAGCAAAUAACAGCCCUCUGCCUCAGACAAGAUAACCUGCAGCAUCCCCUUUGACAAUAAUGCUCCAAUGGCCAAUGUGUCUUGAUGCUCAUAGCAGUUUGGCUUUACUUAGGCACAGUCAGUGGAAGGUUUAUGGCUGGGCACAUCAUGUGACAUGGACCAUGUGCAAUCUACAGCUUUAUAAUGGAGCACCUUGAUAAUUUUUCUUCACACAAUUUGGAAAAAUGACCUCCAUAGGACUGGCCCAUGCUGAGCACUGUCCCCCCAGGAUAGUCCCUGCUGAAAAACAUUCUAACUGAAUUGAAUGUGAGCUAAUCCAACUGCUUAGAUUCCCUCCUCGUAACACCUGGCUAAGUUGAUGGACUAUUUUCAGUUCCAGUUAUCUCCAAGGAAGGUUGUGUGUAUCUGUAGGUGCUGAACUUUCUCUAAAUCUGAGCGUCUCGCCUCACUACUUUAUUUUCUUAUGAGAAUAUGUAACACUCAACAGAACUCCCAAAUUCCAUCAAUUCAUGCUGAAAUCUGUGUGUCCACUACCCCUGAUCAUUCUCAUGACUCUCUUGGUAUUUCUACGAGGAAAUUACACACAAUCAUUUUUCUCACUCUGAUCCCAUACCCUCUAUCAAACUGACUUUGUAGAAUUUUGAAGCAGCACAACCCCCCCCCCCCCAAUCAAUUUCAAGAGAGACUGUAGUGUAUGGCUGUGUUCAUAUAUGACAGUGAACCAUGGCUUAAGCACAAAGUGUGUGAUCACCAGUAUGCCUCUGGUUCAUGUAUUCAUAAAUGCCUCUCUCUCUGACACAGCGGCAAAGAGAUUGGAAGCUUUUGCUUCUGCUUUCAACUGACAGUGGUUACUUUUGAUAUUCUUGAACUGAGGGCUAUGGUUGCUGUGUAGAAAACAAACUAGAUUUAUUUGUCAUAGUUUAAAAUUGACUUAUUUCUCUAAACUGUAGGUAAAACUAACUGCAGUUUGUUCAUGUUUGUUGAACCAACAAAUAGUUCAGUCACAAGUCAACUGUUUUGAAUUAAACCAUAGUAAGUUCAGUCAUAAUUAGCUGAAAUGGAAGUGAAAGCUUCUGAGGGAUUCAUAGCUGUCCUGGAGAAAGAACGGUUCGUUGAACUAUAGUUUGUUAAACUAUACUUAGUUGAAAAUGGAAGUGAACACUUCCAGUCUCUUCACAGCCAUGAUGGAAGAGGAGAGGGGUGUAUAGAAGCCAAUGGUUUGUGCACAUAAUGCUAAAUGUGGGUUUUUCUUAAUGUGCAAAUCUGGCCGACAUGUGCAUUGUCAAGUGGGGAAGAAGGGAUAAUUGUAAUACUGCUGUCAUGUCUCAUAUUUUAGUUUACUAAAUCUUGACUGUGCUUUCUGUUAUGCUUGAGCAUGUCUAACAUUCCCUUGAGUUCUUCUGCUUUUUGCUGCUCCCAAGCUCCACCCAAAUUGCAUGAAGGACAGUUUUCAGUUUGUAUUAAAUAGAUUUGCCAUCGGUAGUGCAUGCUGGCUGGCUGUUAGAGGGAAAGAUACCUUCAGUCUUUACUUUUCAGGUGCCAUUUUUAAGACAAUGUUGCUUAAAUGAUCGCUCUUCAACACUGGAAGGCUAACUCCAUUAACCUCAGCUUUUUGUAUGAAGGCAUACAUGUCACAGUAGGCAUCUAGAUGACCAAAACGCUAGGCAGAGUUCUGUCAUCUCAGAAUUGCUUGACUUGCAUCAUUCUGUGAGAUGGCAGGGAGAAUCUUAACCUAGCUCAGAUGCACAUGUACAUAAAAUCUGGUUACAGGUGUGGCAAAAUGAACCCCCUUAAUGGUUCUCUGUCUGGUCAACCCACAGAGGUUUGCUGUUACAUAACCUGCUGAUACAUGUGGCUUUUUCUCUGGAAUUUCAUCCCCAUGCUAUGUUCUGCAAUUGAACAUGAGUUCUAAAUAUAGCCAUCCCAAGCAGAAUAUGACCUGUGUUUUCUGCCUCCUGCUGAUAGAAUCUGAAUCACUAGCAGUUGUCUGACUUUAUAGGGAAGCCAUUCACUUCCUUUUAAUUAAAAAUAUUUGGGCAAUAACAGGUGGUCACAUGUUUUUAUGUCACUGCCUUAAGAUGUAGAAUCCACCAGGAAGUUGCUGAAUUUUACAACCCAUUCCUAUUCCCUAAAAGAAUAGUGAUAAAGGGUCUAUUAUAUAAGAGAAUAAUUCCUAGGAACAAAAUCAAUUUGAAACUCCAAAGAAGAGGGGCAUUUCUCCAUGUGUUUAGGUGAUCUCAUUCAUGUCCCAUUUAAAUGCAUUUUGGGGCAUAACCUUAAGCCAGAUUUACCCACACAGGGUUCCAUGCUGCUUGCAAGAUGGCUUAGCUAGGGCUUGGCUUGGGCGUAUGUCAUGCUGGUAUGCUAAUGUCGCAUGCAGAGAUCACCUGGUUUAAACAAUACUAGCCACAUGGAAUACUACAUGGAUGGUGGUGUGGACAUUGCUAUUAGUCGUCGUCAUUGUCAUCUUCUUAUUCUUAGCCUAGUCUCUCUCUUCCCAUUACUUAAUAUCAUGCUCUUUAAUACAGCUCUUCAUCAGGCCAGUUUACAUGUUCCAAUAAGCUUCUGGUGGAUUGUGACACGUUUUUGAACAUUCAAAGCAAGACCACAGCUUGUGUUCUCCAAACCUGGGUACCCUUCUAUGAGAUGUAUGAGGGUUACAUAGAAACACAGAAAGAGUGAGUCAGAAGGGCCCUCUCAGGCCAUCUAGUCUGACCCCUGGCUCCAGCUGGCUCCACUCAUGACAUGUCUACCCUAACCCUAACCCUGUCCUUGAACACCCUCACCAAUGGGGUUUCAACCACCUCCCGUGGAAGCCCAUUACCUACCCUAGUGGUCCUAAGUGUCAGUACUUCAACUUGAACCUUGGUUCCGUGAGCUUUGCUCCAUUAGAAUGCAUCUCAGGUUAAAUAAUCCUUGCAUGGUGGUGCAUGGCCUGUUCCAGGGUUAUGUGAGAGUACUUUAACCCUCACAAUAUCCACUUCAGCUAGCUUUAGAUAACAAGCUGCAGCUUGAACGUUCAGAAACUGUCAGGUACAUGUCACAGUCUACAUAGUCUUGAGCAAACCAUUGUGGGCUACCCUGAUCCUGCAAACUGGGUCAUUGUCUCUUCCCAUGGCCUUUCUAUCUCCUGCCAUUCUGAAUACAAAUCCUAGUUGUCUUCACAUAGCUCCCAUUGUUUCCUUCAUUCUGUUUUAACUUUCUUUCUCAAUUGCUUUUCUUCACUUGCCCUCAUAUUUCUACCUCUUUAUCCCUCAUCAUGCUGAAGCCAAUAUUUGUAUCCUCUUCUCCUUUCCCCCAUGGUUCCCAGUACCUGCACCUGCUUCUAACUUCUUUCUUUGGGAUGAUCUUGCAUGAACAAUACUUUGACUUUCAUUUUCUUAGCUUAAUCCUUACUGCCACAUUCCCAUAUUGCAGUCUUCCCUAACCUGAUUCCCUCCAGAUGUUUUAGAUUUGGGGACUGUAAUCCAAAAUAUCUAGAGGUCACCAGACUAGAAAAGUCUGCCAUAUUAAUUCCCAGAUUUUUUCAUCUCUUUCUGGGUCUCUUGUUCAGAUGUACCUGCCCGCUCCACUGUUGCAUUCCUUGUUUGGUUCAUUACCUCUUUACUGCUCCUCUGACGCUGGUUACUUGUGUUCCUUCACUUGUACCAUUACUUUAUGUGUAUGUAUACACAUGCUAAUCUUAUUUUCUUCUUGGAAUACAUGCCUACUAUUCUAGGGAUUGGGCUGCCUCUGUGAAACUACUCUGUAGUGUUACCAGUACACAUUCUUCUGAAUCCUUUCAAAUAGCCUUCAAGUGGAUAUUGUAUGCUUCUUUUUUUCCCUAUCGUACAUUUCUAUUUUCCAGUUAUCUACCUUUCCUUUUCUUCUGGCAUCUGAUCAAAAGAAGGCCUGAUUAAAAUAACUUACCCCUGCUAUUAUACUCCAGGGUAAAUUGUUUGUCAGUCAUCCAUAUCAGGGUCCCAUUAUGCUGUGCAGCCUCUGAGGGAAAGGCAUUUAUUGAGCAUUUCUGUUACACAAAAGGCCAUGUUGUCAUGCUGUGCACCACUCUCUAAAUUAUCCUUUGUCCAAAUUCACGUGUAGGAGGACCUUGGGCAUCCACUUCUCCCUGGAAAGGCACAUUCCCAAUAUGUUUCUUCAAGUGUUAAUGGUUAGGGCCAAUGCUUUACUUCUUGUACUGGGGCUGCAGACCUCGGUACAAAUGCAUGCGUGCUCCAUCAAACAUUAAAGGAAUGAAUGCACAAAGUAAAAUUUGGCACAGGUCUUUACAAAAUUGAGUUGAUGUGGCUCCAUCCUUUCCUGGUUCUUAUUUUAGGACUUCUUUUGUUUUUAAAGGCAUUGAUUCUUACAUUGUGGAAACAGUGGGUUGGUUUGUGCUAUAAGAACAUUUUGCAAAUGUCCAUCAGAAUAUCUUUCUCAUUGGAAAGAGAAGAUAGCAUCUUUGCUGCUUCCAGGGAAAUGUUUGCCUUGUGCCUUGCUGGCUUCUCCCUACUUCUUGAUUUUAAAAAAUGGGGGUAAGAUGCAGUGUCUGGAUUCUACCUACAAUACUUCAGCUCUUCUAUCAAGGAGUGUGUGUGUGUGGGGAGGGGGGGGUCAGUUUUCAAUUGUAUUUCAUUUCUGAGAUCUGUACUUUUGUAUUCCAAAAAUUUGAAUCACUGUCUCUGGUGGUUGCAUAUUCUCCUAGAUCUGUUUUGUGCCUAGUCAUUGCCUUCCAUACCAAGAAGAUUGUAAAUAUUCAGUUUGAACUGGGGCAUGAUUUGCCAUUGUUGUAGCAAGGGGAUUUUGUGGGAGGAGGGCUGUUUUUAAAAUCUUUAGGUCACAAUGUUCUGUCUGGUCAAUUUUAUUGUAUAAAAAGGCAAAUGGAACUAAUUGUAGAAGUCGCACAAGCCCACAAGCUGGAUUUUUUGUUUUGUUAUGUUAUGUUUUUACUCCAAAUUCUCAAACACUUGUAUAUGGUCUUGGAGCUUUUUACACUGAAUUGUUGUAGAAAAUGAGAAUCUAAAGAUCUGUUGAAAGAGCCAUUAAAAUACUCUUGUUAAAAAUAAAA